AUGGAUCCCCCCAUCAAUGAUGAAGAAGCCAACAGACAGGCUUCCCCGCCAGAGAGAGAACAUGAUCUGACGCGCAGCUACACGGCCGGCGCAGAGGGUUAUCCGUCUGCCAGCAUUGAACCCAAAGUCACUCUGGUUUCAAGCGUCCAAAAUCCUCCCGAAUAUGAGAUAUACUGGGAAAGCGUCGACAGUGAGAAUCCGCGUACUUGGCCGCUAUGGUACAAGGGCCUCACGGUGGUGGUCAUGAGCCUGGGUGCAACAGUCAUCAGUCUCUUCAGCACAUUAUACACUUCCGGUAUUCCCGGGUUGAUGGAGGAUUUCCAUGUUUCAAAGCUCACCGCGCUGCUUGGUGUCACGACGUAUCUUCUAGGAAUGGCUGCCGGGAGUCUAUUCGUUGCUCCGCUGAGUGAGGUUGUGGGCCGACGGCCUGUUUACGUUGUCUCGAUGAGUGUCUUCCUUGUGCUUCUUCUGCCUAGUGCCCUGGCGCAGAAUAUCACUUCAAUCAUUGCCAGCCGCUUCUUCGGCGGAUUCUUCGGCAGUGCGAUGAUGUCCAACUCGCCUGCUUCAGUCAACGAUGUCAUAUCAGAUGAACACCGCGCUCUGGCCUUUGGGAUCUGGUCGAUUGGUCCAGCAAAUGGCCCAGUGUAUGGUCCAAUUAUUGGAGGAUUUGUGUUUCAGUAUCUCGGAUGGAGAUGGACGAACUGGAUUGUUCUGAUCAUUGGCGGGGUGGUCUUGGUGCUGCUCGCUUCUAUCAAAGAGACUUAUGCGCCAGUUAUUCUGAAGAAGAGAGCGGCAAAGCGACGAAAGGAGACAAACAACCCAAAAUGGUGGACGCGUUACGAUCACCAGCAAGGGUUCAUGUCUCUGCUCCAAACCAGUCUCAAGCGGCCGAUAAAGAUGAUGCUGACGGAGCCAAUAUGUAUCUUCUGGGAUAGUUACGUUGCCAUCGUCUACGCAAUCCUCUAUCUCUGCUUCGUCGCCUACCCCAUCGCCUUCCAGCAAGAACGCGGCUGGGCACCAGGUAUCGCCGGCCUCUCAUUCAUUGGAAUAGGCGUCGGCGUCCUCAUAGCCAUAGCCCUCGAACCUCUCUUCCGCAGAAUCAUAAACGCCCACCGCAAGGACCCGGAAACCGGUACCGUUCCCCCAGAGGCGAUGGUCAGCAUCGUCUGUCUGGGAGCGACGCUUCUGGCCGUCGGCCAGCUAUGGUUCUCCUGGACGUGCCGUCCAAAUGUCCACUGGAUCGUGCCGAUUCUCGCUGGUGUCCCGUUCGGCAUGGGCAACGCCUGUGUCUUCAUCUACGCGAGUAAUUAUAUGGCGAAGUCGUAUGGGAUCUACGCUGCGUCUGCGUUGGCGGGGAAUAUGGUGCUAAGAAGUAUCAUGGGUGCGUGUCUGCCGCUUGCGGGGCCGUCGAUGUAUGGAACGCUGGGGCUGAACUGGGCUGGGACCCUGCUGGGGAUCGUCGAGGCCGUCUGCAUCUCCAUUCCGACUGUUUUCUAUUUCGUGGGGGAUCGUAUCCGCGCCGCGAGCCCUAUGAUCAAGGAGAUUGCGAGUAUGCAUGGAUAG